AUGUUUGUUGUGAGUAGUAUACGGAGGUCUAUGUCGACACUCAUUUUUGUUCUUUUUGUGGUAUUAGGAUGUUUCGUUUCGCUUUCAAACCAGUGUGACAAGAAUAGUGACUGUAAAAAUGGCUACUGUAGAGCGGGUAUGUGUAUUUGCAAUCCAGGAUGGUGGGGAAAUCUUUGCCAGUUUUGUCGCCUCAGGUAAGAUGCUAUGUUCUUGAGUUGUUUGUCCAUUAUAUCAGCUUCGAUUUCCUUGAUUUAUUACCUAGAAUUGGUUAUUUUAAAAUCAUGUAUAUUUAAGUAUUACACUAUAUGUGCGACGCUUUGUGUUAGAAAAUCUGUGUUGCUUUUAUUGAUUAGUCUGUCGCCUCAAAGAAAGUGCUAUUUUGGUCCAACUGUAAGCUUAUGUAAUAUUAUGUACUGUCAGCUGUGCAGAGAUGAAUUCUUUGGAGUCUUAAAUCUAAGAAAGUCACUUUUCGAGUUUGCAAUUCUUGAUUUACCUCUCCCCAAGCCAAAAAGAAGGAGGUCGUCACAACCUUUUAUGGUAAAGUUGUGUUGAAACAUAGUUGUUAAUUGACUAGUAUUAAAAUUUUCCUGAAUUUUCUCUUAAACGGAAAUGUGUUUGUUUAAAAAUUAGUGAAGGCAAGUCGAAAGUUAAUAACUUUUUUUUAAAGAUGAAUUAUUCUUAAUCUUGGAUUCAUGCAGGAAGUUUUCUCUAACUAAGAAAUCCCGAUUUCAGAUAGGCUGACAAAAACAACCGUGUGUCAACACGAUUCGUCGGCAAAAACUUAUAUUGACAUCGAUGGAUGGUUUGUUUUAAGUUGACUUCGCUUUGUGAUGUUUGUAUGUUCUUGUUAGUGUGUACAGUGGUUUUUUUUGAGGGCUAAAAAAUAAAAUACAAACCUCCAUGAAAUUUGUUAGACAUAAUUGCAAGAUUCCUUUUGAUUUUGAAAGAUGCAUUUGUUAACUGUUAUUUUCAUUAAAGGAGACAUUUACUGCAUAUGUUUUGGUCCAAAUGCAAACCAGUCAGAAUUUUUCUUGCACUGGCUUUAAUCCUUUCUGACAUAAUUGACAAAUAGAUUCCAUGCGGCUGUCACAGAUGACAUCAAAAUGUGGUGAGAACUUUAAAAAGUGGCAUGCAAGGCACAGCUGUGUGUGUCACUGAUGUUCUCAUCACAUUUUGACUUCUUCUUUGAUCUAUGACAACACAGAAACACAACAACUUGGAAUAUAUUUGUUCUAAAUAAUAAAAAAAGCAGAAUGCCUGCAAUGUUGGCAUUAUCAGUGCAUCUGUCCUCCAACAGAUCAUAAAGCAAUCAUGCAAAAUGUGUGUAAGAUUCAGCUUCUGGCAUAAUGAAACACCCAGUAACAGUCACUUCUCAUCCAUGAUCACCUUCCCACAACAGCCACUUUUUUUUCUCUUGACAAUUGGUCGUUACUUUCAUUCCAAUUCUAACCCUUCUAUAUAGCCACCUAUUCCCAACAGCAGGUAAGACUUAAAGGGUCUCAACCACCAAUUAAAACAACUUCAUGACAAUGGUCAAUUCAUCAGUGUCUUGCUAUGAUAUAGCAAAAUAAUUGAUCAAUCAUCCAACCAGAUAGUCCGUGACAGCUGUAUUCAAAUCUUUUGGAGAAAAUACAGCAUCCGCAAUACCAAAGGUAAUAUUCUGCAAGCCAGACAGUUCACUUUACCUGACUUGUUUUGAUAGUUCUGUGAGCAUUUUGUCUAGCAUUUUGUUUUUUUUUUCUCCCAUGAGUUGAUUGUUAUUGUAUUAACACUUAUGUGGAAGAAUUAUAUGAUAAGCUGAAUUUUUACAGGCAUUUUGAUUGGCUCUUACUUACUAUAUAUUGGUGGACAGAUGCAUUGAUGAUGUCACCACUUAGAACAUUUUGUUUUUUUAUUGAACAAAACAAAUAGAUUCUAUUUUACAUUAAUUGUCACAGAAGAUGUCAAAAUAUGGCAAGAACAUCAGUGAUAUUCUGCUGCCCAUCGUGUGCUACUUUUUUUCCUUAUCACAACUUGAGAUCAUCUUAAUAAUAAUAGUAAUAACAAUAAUGGUUUAUUAGCAUAUUCAUUGGAGGGAUUUAUUACAAGCUAACUACAAACUAGUUAAAAAUCUAUUACUGCAAAAUUACUAAUAUUGCAUACUGCAUUUUGCAUAUAAAAAUUAUCUAUAGUAGAGCACAGAUGCAUGACAACUUGGAAUCUAUUUGGUAAAUAAAGUGUUUUAAAACAUGUCAGUCACAAAAUACAGAUGUUAUAUUACACUCCUUACUCCCUAAUAGCCUUUUUUCUCUGUCCUCAGGGUGGUUUUGUUUGAAGGUUCCACUGUGGCAAAAUUAUCUUAUAGCUUAGUUUAAUAUUUAAUAUUUAGUUAAAUAUUUUUUAGAGUUGAUAGUUAUAGUGAUGUAGGUUUGAUUUCUUAAUUUUAGACUGGACCAAGAUAGUGGAAUAAUUACUGAUGGAGAUGGUAAAUAUGCCAGUGCAUCAAAAUGCUCAUGGCUAAUAGAAUCCAAAAAGUAAGUUGGUAUCUUUUAGAUUAAUCUUUUCUUUUGACAUUGUGUUCUGCCCAUAAAAGCGUUCAUUCAAAAAGUCAGUUAUCUUAUAAAGCUUCACACUGAGCUUGUAUUCUUAUACUUAUUGUUGCAUUUCCUUGUAGUAGUUGAAAAACUCAAAGUUUCAGAUACCGUAUUUACCUGUGUAUAAGUCGAACCCGUGUAUAAGUUGACCCCCCAUUUUGGAGCCCAAAAAUAAGUUUUUCUUAUUUCUGGGCAAGAAUUUCCUUGAAAAACUAAUCUUAUAUUUCCUAGAAUUUUCUUUCAGGUACUAUGGUUAUAUGAAAAAAAUCACAGCAAGUUUGGACAUGAAGUUUAUUAUUGCAUGUACGCGAGCAAUUUAGCGUGUUUUAGCGACACGUGUAAGCAGCAUUUUCUUCACAAUUUUUGAAAUUAGCUUACAAAAUCAAACAUACUACUUUCUAAUGAACCUUUAUCAUUGUGUAAAGGCGCGUAACAACCAAAACAAAAACCCUGCCAACAAGCAUUUUAUUGGAACACGUGCUAAACAAAGUCCUCGCGCUUGCACGAUACAAAGCUAGGUUACUAAGCAGCAAAACUUCGAAGCGUGAAAUGUGGCUUUCGUCAAGCAGACUUACCUCUUUAUUGGCUGCAACUAUCAGUUCUUGGUGAUUGUGGAUUGUUUGUUUACAUAUCAGACAAUUAUUAUGCUUAUUUGUCCUGAAAGUUUUUUUAUCUCAGAUUUUGACCCAUGUAGAAGUCGAGGGUGAUUUUUUGGACCGAUUUUUAGGCAGUAUAAGGUUGACUUAUACACGGGUAAAUACGGUAUCUGAUGUUCAAAACCUCCUCUUUAAUUUAUGCUCAAGUCUUCUGCCUUCUGCCUUGUUCUGUCUUUGUAGUUUCCUUAUUUCCUUGUGUUAUAAUUAAAUUAUAAUUUAUAACUGGUUGUGACAUGUUUCUAAACUUGCAUGUCAGAAUAAUUCAUAAGAGGAGGUGGGGGAGAGGUUGUACACUGACUUUGCUGUAAUACUGCAUUUUAUUGGUAGCACUCCUGUGGUGAUGCCCAAGUUGUUUUUAUUUGCACUAUUUAUACACCUAGAGAACCAAGAUCUAUUUUGCACUGACAGUGACUGUUUAUAGAAACUAAUUUAGAAUUUAUUUUUAAAAUUUGCAGGCCAAAUAGCACUAUUCAAUUGAAUUUGGAAGAAGUUGCAACUGAGUGUAUUUGGGAUAAUUUGUAUAUUUAUGAUGGAAAAUCUGUCAAAAGUCCUUUAAUAGCCGUGAUAAGGUAUUGAGCAAUGUUAACUGAUAUAAUACACACAUAUGGCAAAGUUCUUUUACCAGACAGAUCAUGACCCAUUCAUCAUAUUGAUUGGAAAUUGCAUUUGUGCUCUUUGGGUCAGGAGUGAGAACAAAACUAAACUCCCUUGUAGCAUGUGGAUGGAAAGUAAGGUGUCUGCAAUACAAUGACCUUCAGCACAACUCUUUGGACACUCUUGACUAAUCUGUUCUGCAUAAAUUUUUCACUGUCAAAAUGUUAUUGUCAAGUAUUGCAAGCAUGGCUUUGUAAACUGUUGACUAUUCCCCAGCUGAACUUUAAGAUUUGCCUUUUCAUAGCAUACAUAUGUUCUCUGUGCAUGGUUCAGUAUUUUUUAACAGAACUGGCUGUCUACCCCACCUUUAAGACUCACCAUUCGAUUACCCUUCUUAGACCCUAUUUAAUUAUGUCAUAAUUCUUGCCAACAGAGAACCUUUAAAACUGACCUUUUAUGUGGAUAUUGUUAUGGCUCUUAAGCAUUCAUACUUCAAGUUGUUAGGCAUGAAAGGUUUUCUACAUGUUAUUUAUACCAUUAUACAGUGGAAUUAUUAGAGAUGCAUCAAAAGACAGAUUCGCUGAUGGUCCGGUGCUACAGUUUGAAGCCAAAUCAGGGGCAGCAUUUCUCUAUUUUUAUAGUGAUAAAUACUAUGUUGAAGAUGGAUUCAGGAUAAGAUAUAGGUAAGCUUUGGUGUUGCUUCAUUAUUUUAGUUGAAGUAUAGCUGUCUGAACUGCACAGGUCACAUACACUCAACAAAGAUCAUACCCUCAGUAGCUCUGGGGUAUGCACUUUUUUUCAGAACUAAGCAGACAGUACAUGGCAUUUGGCAUUCAGUUAGCUUUUGCUGGUGCUUGAAGUUGAAUGUGGGGGUGCUGCUAAUAGGGUGCCCUGCUUUUUUUCCCUUUAGGUUUUGUCAGUUUCACUAGUGUAAUGGGUCAGUACCUGUGCUCUUUCCCUUCUGGCAGGUGGCUGAUAUCAGGGUUGCAUAGACUUGGCAAUAUGUUUGAGAUGUCAUCAAUUUUCUCAUCUUAUUUUCUCUUUUUAGCAUCACCAAAGAUUGUUCAGCAAGAUGCAGUUUCCAUGGCCACUGUGAUUCAAAUGAACUAUGUGUCUGUGAUGCAGGAUGGACUGGUCCCAGUUGUGAUAUUCAGACCUGUAUAACUGAGUGUGUCAAUGGAUACUGUGAUAACAGCACAAGACUGUGUGUGUGUGACUCGGGAUUCACUGGUAAGUUUGAAUUUUUAUAACACCUCCAUUUUCGCUGUCUGUUCAACAUUUUUCUGAGUGUGUAAUUUUCCUACAUGUGUUUUUAUUUUCUCCUAAAUCAAUUGUUUUCAAUCAGGGCUCGAAGUUAACUUUAUAGUCGACUUGCAAAGUUUUGCUGGUAAGAUUUUUUUCCACUAGCAAACUGGUGAGACCACAAGCAAAUUAUUUCCCUUUGAAAUAUUAAUGACCAUAUCUGAUAUAAAGAUUAGAAUUGAUAUUUCGCACAGGCUAUUAAUGAGCUGAAAAGUUUUAUAAAAAAGGUGUUAAAUGUUUGGUCUCCUUUGUCAUUGUCCUGACAACCACCACCUCUCUACUGCAUGUUUGGGAGACAUGGAUGAUUCUAACUAACAAAUGUUUGCUAGUGGAAAUUUUUCUCAUUCGCAGAUUAACAAAAUCACUCGCAUUUUGCCAGUUUGCGAGCUUUAAUUUCGAGCCCUGUUCAAUUGCACGGUCAGUCCUCUUUCUUUCACUUUCGUCAACUGGUUUCAAGUUGGCAACUUUCUGUCUUAAUUUCUGGUUUCCAAACUGUUGCAAUGUACUACAGUAACUUUGGUGGGUAUGUAUCAUGGGCAUAGCUAAGAUUUUUCCGAGGGCAUUUACACCAUGCUACUCCUGGGUUAAGGUAUUCCCUUGAAUAAAUGCCCUGUUGCUUUUUAAUAUUUAAAAAUUUUGGCUAAAAAGAGAGGCAUUAUUGGAAGGAGAGUGCUUAAUUAAGGGGGGUGCUUAUUAUUCUCCAUAACCCAUUCUGCUGAAGUCAAAGCUCAAAAAGUUUUAAUUAGAAACAGGUUUUCCUUAUACAUGUAUCCCUACCAUAAUUUAAGAUUGUGAGGGAGAAGGGGGUGCUUAGUUGACAUUAAUUAAAUACAGUGGGAAUGAGCGCAUAUUUGGGGAAGGGCACUUAUUAGAGCAUGAGCACUUGUUCAAAGGAAUAUGAUUUUUACCAAUCUGCUCUGUCAACAUCUACUCUGUGUUUUAUUUAAAGGCCCAUUUCCAACCUUGAUGCAACACAGUCGUUUGUUUUGAACCACCACUUUUGUUUCAAUAGUGCCUCUGAUUGGUCAGUUAUUUUUACCUUGUCACGUUGUCUUAAAACGAUGAAUUGAAGAGCUUGUCAAAAUGAUUCUGUUUAAAACAGUUCUAUACAUUUUAAUCCGGCAUGGAAUUGGAUGAAUCCAUUAAUUUUGUAGAUUCUGAGGCAGUAAAUGCUUAUGGAUCGGUUGUUCUAAAGAGGAACACAAAAAUCCUUGCGAGUAUUUCGAAGAAGGUGAAAAUGUUGAUCCACCAUGUUUUCAUCCAUUCAUCAAUUUUUUUUAAAUUGAAGUUUGCCAUCCUUGUUAAAUAAGACCAAGGGCCAAGGGUCAGUUGAAGUUUCCUGCCCAUGGAGAGGAGCUUGCGCUUGAAAGAGUGGUCGAGGUCGUUGUCCAUGCAAAGCAGGAAAUAAGAAUUGUAAUGCAAACUGUCAGUGUCACUGACAUUCCUGAAAUGAAGUGACCAAACUUAAAAUAAUUAAACAUCUGGCUGUCCAAUAUUUGUCCAUAUUUCUCUUCAAAAUCCAAAAAAUAUUAAUACGAAAAUGUUCUUUCUUUAUUUAUGAUCCUCAAGUGCUUCCAGGCAGCCUACAAUUUCGAACUUGAUGUUUUUCGCUAACCCUGUAUACAGAGUACAAAGCCAUCCAAACACUUGACACUUAAAAACUUUUCAAUGCCAUGGCAGGACACGGUCCUCAAAUAACUCCAUAUUUCUCUUUGAACUAUACCAAUUUUUCGUUGGAAAAUAUUCUACCUUCAUUUACAAUCCUCGAGUGCUUCUAGAAAGUGAAAAAAUUUCAACGUUGUCCGUUUCGCUCACCUUGUACACAGAGUGCAAAGAGAUCCAAACAUGACACUUAGAAAAUUUUCACUGGACAUGGUCUUCGAAUUACUAAACGUCCGGCAGUCUGAUAUUUUUCCAUAUUUCUCUUUGAAAAAUACCAAUUUCUAUCGGAAUUAUUUUAUCUUCAUUUAGAAUCCUCAAGAGCUUCUAGAAAGUGAAAAAAUUUGAAUGUUGUCCUUUUUGCUGACUCUGUUCUCAGAAUACGAAGAGAUCCAAGCGUGACACUUAAAAAAAAUUUUCUCCAGAUUCUUCUGGACAAAAUUCAAAAUGCAGUAAGGAAACUGUAAAAUGACGAAUGGCAAAUGUAUUUACUGUAAACAAGUUGACUAUAAGUCCAGGAUGGCUCUCGAUUACAAUGAUCUGUGAAUUCGUUUUACAGGAAAUUGGAUCACGGUGCACGUUUUAUCAAGGUUGGAAAUGGGCCUUUAAGUGCUAGGUUGUCAGAUGUGCAUUGAGUUAUGCAUGCUGUGAAGGUUUUUCAGAUUAACGCUUCUUCACUAUUUGUAUGUUGUUUAUCAAAAAACAAGGGAGUCACAUGCAUCCACUGACCCCCAUAAACAAAACCCUACCCCCCUCUCCAGUUUGUUCAUGUAGAGAGGCAGGAGCAUAAUGAUUAGCACAUUGGACUGCAGAUCUGGUGAUCUCCAUUCAAGCCCUGAGGGGAUCACUGUGUUGUGUUCAAGAUCAAAACACAUUGCAGUGCCACUACUUCUCUCUAUCUAUAGGUACAAAUGCAUACUAAUUAAAAGUACAGGUAAGGGAACUGGGUUAAAGGCCACAGGGUCAGGCAGAGGGGAGAGAGAUCCUCUCAAUUGCCUUUUACAGAAAUGGGAGACAAAUAUCAGCAGUUAUGAGCCACUUGGCUACAAAACCAUGAAAAAAGUUUUCUUAACAAACCCAUCUUACAAUCACAGCUCCACUUUACUUGUUGUCUACUCAAUGCAACACAUAUUAUGUAAACCUUGGGAAACAAUAACUUGAAUAUAUUUUACUGGUCAUACAGGUGCCUCUUGCAAUAUUACAGGAGACAGAGGGUACUGGAUACACCAUUCAUCAACAGGCCAAGGUAAGGUUUUGAAGUGUAUUCAGAUAUAAUCAGCUUACCUAGUGGAUAGGAAGUCAACAGUGGUACAUUUGUUCACUUUAAAUUAUUUCUCAUAGCCUUUUUUUUUUUUUUUUUUUUUUUUUUUUUUUCGCAUUUGAUAUACAGACCUAAUUCAAGGCCGAGCAUCUCAUGCUUCUGCUCUUCUGGGUGACUACAUGUGGGUCUUUGGUGGCUAUUCAUUAACCUCAGAGCCAUUUGAGAACCUUAUCAGGUAGAGUACUCUUUUUUGUUAAUACUGAUGCGUCAUGUUGUCACACCUAGAUCAAGGUGGAGUUGUGUCGCUAAAGGAUGGCUGAAUUGUUUUUAGUGAUGACUGUGCAUUAGGGUUGAAGGGAGAAAGUUUAUGAGAUGGGUCUUGAUCUGUUGAGUCAACAUAAGUAGAAGUUAGAGAACAAUUUUCUCCUUUUUGAUAGGCAUAACCUGAAGAAAUUUUCACACUGGUAGAGCAAUCCUUUUACCUGUUGAAUUUUCAAGAAUUGUAAGCAUGUUAGGUGGUCUCAAGAAGUACAUGUGCUUCAAGGGCAGCAAAUUUUUACUGGUUACCUCCUGAAAAUGAGAAUGGUCAGGGAGCAGAACUAGAAUGUACAACUGUACUUCAAAGUGGCAUUGAUGGAGCCAAUCAAAAAAUGAGAUUAAGAAAUAAGUUUCUGAAUUCUCUUUAGAUAUACCCUGCAGAACAGGUGGAUUGGCAUACUGAAGGGCAAGAAUGCAUUACACUCAUUCUUGUGCUUUGCGUACACUUGUGUAUCACACUUCAGCCCCGCUAAUUUGCUUGUUCUGUAGGCUACCUUGGAUAAAGCUGAAUGUUAAAUGUAUCAUUAUCCAAUAUUUGCAUUUUCCAGAUAUCACAUUCCUAGUGACAGUUGGCAAGUAAUAUUGCCAGCUGUCAAUUCAACCAGGGGUCCAUCCAGGCGUUAUGGUCACUCAAUGAUUGCUUAUAAUGUAAGUGCCAGUGGUUAUUUAUUGUAUAUUGCUUUGAAAAAGAAUUUUUUAUUCAAACAAGUAGAUUUCUAGUCUCACAAUAAAUCACACUCCAGUUUAUUGAUCAUGGAUAACAUCAAAAUAAAUGGUCACAGAAUAUUGGUAUGCACAUGCAAAGAUGUCUACAAAUAAUCAUAUUAUAAGAUAAGAUACUAUAACAUUUGUAAUCAUUUAAGAUAUUUUAUAUUUAUUAAUUUGUGUUCCCUCGCCAUUUAAUUUACUUCAUACAAUCCACCCUUCUCUCCUUAGUAUUUCCCUCUAAGUUUAAAUUUAAUGAUAUUUUGCAUAGGCCAAAGGUUGAUAGUCGUGUUUUACUUAAUGCCUGUUCAGGUUUCAGUCAGUCAAUUAUUCAAUCCAUUAUUUUUACUUUUUUAUGUUUGUCUGUCUGUUCAUUUAUUUUUCUCUCAUUCAUUCAUUUAUCAUUUAUUUGAGAGUGUGACCAUUGUUUAACCAACCUAACCCUAUGAGUUUCUAAUUUACAGUCAUUCUGAUGUUCUGUAUAAUUAUUUUAUUUUCACAGUCAACCCUGUAUAUAUUCGGUGGUAGAAUAGGAAAAAAAGCAACCAAUCAACUAUGGUCUUUCGAUACUGAAAAGCUAGAGUGGGACUUGGUAACCAGUGAUGGUGAUUCCCCUCUUUACGUCGCUGGACACACAGCUACUCUGGUUGACUCCACAAUGAUUGUCCUGUUUGGUUUUGGACCCAAUAGAGGCUAUACAGACAGAGUUCAAGAAUUUGACUUGGGUAAAAUACUUUCAAUUGUGCAUCAGUCAAUUUUGCCCAUACCUAGAAAUUAUAGCCAAUUACAGACAAGUGGAGUCAUUUUAAGCUCCUUUACAUAGCUGUUUCAGAAGCAUUAUUAUCAUGCACAGUUAAUUUUGUUGGUGAAGCCACCACAUGUAAAUUGAACUUUCUAUCCAAAACAGCAUGUACAUACAACAGAAGCCUUGAAAACUGUUGCCUAAACUGAAUUCUGCUUUGUACUCAAAUUGUUUGUUUGUUUGUUUGUUUUUUGUCUUUCCAGUGAUAAUUAAAUGUGAUUAAAUUGCCAGCCUGUUCCCCUGCUUUGAGGUGUAUGGCCCAAUGUAUGUCCCAAUGUAUGUGCUGGUUAUGGGGACAUUAUUUGAACUAAGGGCUCGCAGACAAAAGUGAAAUCCAUUACAUGUAGCAAGCACACAAUCUUGUUGGAUUAAUACUGAUUUUUAAGUUGUAAUAAUUCUAACAUGAUCAUAAAAAUAGUGUUAUAAUUGUGCUGCCAACAUGUUACUUUUCUUUUUAAUUCUAUUUACAGAGACUGGAAAAUGGAGCAUAUACAGGACUCCCACAGAGAUUAUUGCCCCAUCAUAUGGACACAGCAGUGUUUAUGAUCCAGUGGGGAAAUUAAUCUACGUUUACGGUGGGAUUGCCUCAGUGGGUUCUGAUAAGCUCUCUACUGCACUGACAUCUUAUGAUCCAAAAGCAAGGAUAUGGUAUGUUCCUGUAAGAGGAUUUGAACAGAAUCAUGUGCCAUGUACAUGUACUUAUUAGGGGAGUCUUAAAACGUUUUUUCUUUUUUCCUCGAGAGUUCAGUAAUAAAUUAUUCAAUGGCAGAGCUCAGUAGAGUAAUUAAUGUACCAUUGAACGUUUUAUACUAACCCUUUACACCUUAACAUCAGUAUCCAUAUUCUCCAUACUCUUCUCUAUACAUUUUAGGAGAAUAUCAUUGUUGAUCAAGGCUUCCUAGCUACUGUAGGUUCUAGGUUUGUGAUCAUAUCCUUUAUUCCUGUGACCAAAAUCUUUGAUUCAGAGUUGAUAUUGUAAGGGGAAAUUGGAUGCUUGUCACUCCUAGAGAUUAAAGAGUUAAUUUUUUUGUGAAACCCUAUUGUAGGAAAUCUCUCAGAAACAGCAGUUUUCCUCGCUUUCUGCAUUCUGCUGUUUUACUGGGUGACCUGAUGUUAGUAUUUGGUGGUAGUUCACACAAUGGUACAUCACAGGGGCAGUCUAACUUUCCGUGCUUUUCCAUGGACUUUGUUGCAUACAGCUUGAGUAAGUUGAGUCAAUUAUAUGUACCAGGUAAACUUAUACAGUUAUGUAUCUUAUGAUCCCUUUUACAUCUAUCAGGGUUCAUAUCAGGUCUUGAAUGACCAAAAGAAAGAAAAUGGAAAUCUGCUGGCCAAAUUUAAAGACCUUGAAAUGUCCAAAAAUGUAUAUAAGGCAAUGAGGAAAAGGGAAAGAGUUCUGAAGUUUCUCUUUUCUGAGCUGAAAAAAGUUUUGUUGCUGGGCAGUGUCUCUAUAAGAUUGUUGAAUUUCAUUUAAAUUACCCUGACCCACGAUGUUUUAUUUGUCAGGGUGUUUUUCAAUGUAUUUUUCUGUGCAGGGCAGACAAUUUAACUUCCAGUUAACCUGGAAAAUGAAAACAAAUUUGAAUUGCUCACAUAAUAUUCAACAUAUUAUUGAUACUGUGUGAUGUUUCAGCCUGUGAUGAGUGGAAGAGGAUGCCUGAGUCAGGACUUUUAAAAUCUGCUGGACGUUAUGGACACACUGCUGUGCAAGUCAACAGGUAAAACAGGAUUGUAUAGAACAAACUGGCAAUGACUUUUUGGCAGUGGGAAAUUGUGUUCAUGUAUGAUGUUAAAAGAUGGAGUCUUUGAUAAUCCUAUCAUUUAUAAUUUUUAUCAUGACCAAAGAAUGCCUUUGGUAUAUUUUUUUUAAUGUUGCAUCAAUGGUAAAUUUUCAAUUUGGAGGCUGAAUUCAUGUCUGUAGGUUUUAUGUUUCAAUUUUAUCGUGUUCACCCAUGGCCAUGAAAUGACAUUAGUUGACUCAAAAUUAAAGGAAACGUUUUCAUUGAAUUACAAUAAUUAUGAAAAUUUACCUUGUUAUAAAAAGUUCAUUAUUCUAGCUGUACACCAUCAUUAAAAAAUUAUUUUCUCUCUGAUUACAGAACCAUGUAUGUUUUUGGAGGAUUUCAAGGGGUUGUCUUUAGUGCCAUUUUAUCAUUCACUCCAGGUAGUUAAGUGUAACUCACAUCCAGUGUUAUGUGAAGUCAAUUUUAAAAAGUGUAAACAAUAAUGAAAUACAAAUUUUGAUUAAAAGUGCAAUUGAGCUCACCAAAAUGAUUUGAUUUGGUGCCCUUGUUCCAGUAAGCACCCCUUCUCUUGUGAGCCCCCCUGGAAUUUGUAUUUGUUAAAAAGCACCCCUAAGCUAAAAAGUGCCCAUAUUUCAUGUACUCUUAAUCCAGUAAGAGCUCCUAUUCUGUUUCAGUACUGUGAUAGCACUGCUAGAGUACAUUCCCUACCAUUACUAUGAAAAUAUUCACUACAGAUUUGUUAUUCAACAGUUUCAGCUUCUGUUCCUUUUAAUAAACAUCAAAGCUCUUCUUUGCAAACACUACUGUUUCUCAAAAUAGAAAUAGGCACCCUGACCAUAAAAAGUGUCCUCUCUGGAGCUGCAGUGAGCAAAUAAGCACCUGGGUGCAAAGUCAGAUCAUUUCAGUAUUAAUAACAAAAAAAGUUUUGUUGAAUAAUUUGUCAUUUGACUUAAUAAGCAAGGCCCUACAAAUAGUGCAAUGAAGUUCAACUUACUAUUUGUAAAGCAUCUACAAAGUGUAUGCUUGUACAUGUGAAUUUUUUGAUGUAAUAAAGUUCUUCAUUUUAAGUACAUAAACAUGCAUGUGCCACUUACUCAAGGCCUGUGCUGUGAGUUAUGGAACAAGUUUUUUGCCCUUGGAUUUAUGACCCAUGUGCAAACUAAGAUCCAUAACAGUAUCAGAUGAGUGAUGGUUAUGGAAUAGCGAUGGUCAUCAAUAUUGAUUAGUUAUUGGCACAUAAGUCUGAAAACACAAUUUAAAAGAAAACUGAAUAAUCAGACCUUCAUUAAUUUUGUUCACAAGAGAUAAGAAUCAAUGGCAAUUAGUGAAUAGAGAAUUCUGGGAACAGAAACAGGUGUUGACUUUGAUAGGUUUUUUCCUUGCUAUGACUAAUGACACCAUACUAAAUGACUGAGAGAUGUACAUGUUAUGAUUAUUAAUUUUGUUUUAGGACCUUGUGAUUUGAUUAAGGAUAAAGAAACGUGCCAAAACCACUUAAACACAUCUGAGUGCGUAUGGAAUGACUCCACCUCUUUGUGCAUUGGACCAGAGAGUUGUGUACAGCCAGAGGUCACAGGUAACUCCUUCACUGAAAUAUCAAUUUGAACGGCCUGACCUACCCUUAAAUUCAGUUAAGGAGAAUAUUUUCUUGACUCUAACCUUGAAUAAAAACCCAGCAACAGUACUUGUACUUUGUUUUUUUUUUUUUUCAUUAGUUUGAUCUCCUCCAAGGCUUAAUUUUAAUCAAACAUGUAAUUAAGAAAUGGUUUUUAGUGAAGUAAUCUCUUGUGCAUUUAGCAGCAGUAACUGACAGUAUGACUGUCUAGAAACUUGCAUAAACAUGAAUUCAUCCAUUUGUAAUUCACAUCAAAGGAGAAUGAAUUGUAUUUUUCAACUUAAAACUUUUCAUUCUGGUAGAGUGCAAUAUGUGCAUUGUGCAAUACAUUCUUUUAUCAUCCAACUGCACCAAGAGGAGUACAAAUAGUUACACAAAUUGAGUACAAAAAUCCUGCGCUAUAUUGUAUGGUUAUUUUCUACUGUAAAUAGCCAAUCUGGUGUAAUCUUUUCCCUCCUGAUAAGAAAAGCAUGGUGGUUAGUAUUGCUGAAUAUUCCACUCAUUUUUUGUAUUUUGACUCGCCCUGUGGGCUUGUCAAAAUAUUUCUGGACUUGUAAGAAUGCCCAACAAAACCUCACACCCAAAGAGAUAAGAGAUAUUUUUUGUAGUGCACUAUAAUUGUUUAAAAUUUACCAAGAUUAAGGUAGGGGUUAUGAUCACCCAGUAAAUUGAAUACGUGAGAAUUUUGUUGCACAGAUCAGUUUUCCAUUAAAGGUCUGUUACCCCCAGUGGACUCCCAAACAAUUAUUAUGUGUGUGGGAAUUGAAUUUUUCCUUGUUUAAAUUUAGUGGAAAAAAAGUGCUCAGAAGUGAAUGACAGUUGUAGUAGAUGUACUUCCAGUUUACAUGGCUGUUCAUAUUGCGAAGGAAUAUGUGUGAAAGGAGCAUGUCCUGAUGGUCAGGUUUGUACUUAACUCUUUACAACCUAACAUUAGUAAAGCUAUUCUCCAGAAUUUGUUUAACAAUCAAGAGCUUCUUUCGUUGGUGAUCAUUUCUGCUACUUUCAUGAUCUCAAAUGAAUAAUUCAGCAGUGUUAUUGUAAGGAGAAAGUACAGAAUGAUGUUAGUCACUCGCACGGGUUAAAGGGUUAAUGAUGUUUUGAAAUUAAUCAAUGACCUUGUGAUGAUUUGAUUUCCUGUUUUAAAUCCCUUAAAUGUUUUUUCUUCUCUUUAAUAGAAAAAAAUUGAUUCUCCAGCAAAGUGUGAUAAAAAGCAAACAUCAUACAAGAAAUGUGAAGGUUUGUGAUUAAUUCUAGUCUAUCUUUCUUAGUCAAAUUUGUAUUUAUUUUUUUUGGUAUGGUUUUCUUGUUUGCAAUAAUUGUCUUUGCUGAUAUGGAAAGUAUUGUGUUUACCAAAGAGAAAGGCGGAUUUAAUAUCAUUAACUUCCACCAAAAGGGAGGGUAGUUAAAAAUUUCACCAUGGAACAAUAAUUCGAGGUAGGGCAACCAGUGAGGGACCAGGCUAUUCUGUUGGGGAGAGGAUGAAUGACAAGGAAACUGGACACAGUUACCUGGUUGUUCAGCUUUUUUCCCUUGAAGAGUCUUGUGUUAGGGCAUGGAAACAAAAUUACUAAGCUAACAGGGUUGUCUAAUGUACAUGUAGCCUUACACUGGGAUAAAACACAAGGGAUCAUAUUUGGUUCAUACUUUUCCACACAGGGCAGUGGAUACACGGUAGAGUCUCACGUUCAAAAAUAUAAUUCUUACAGGUUCAAAUUGUAAAGAGAAGUCUUGCCACAAAUCGACAUCUUGUGAAGAAUGUGCAUUAGGUUGUAUGUGGUGUGAGUCACAGAAGCUCUGUGUGGCUAACAAUGCCUACACUGUGAAUUUCCCUUUUGGCCAGUGUCGUGGUUGGGUCCAAGGGAAGUGUUCAAGUUAGUAUGCACUAACAGUUAUAUCUGAGAGGGCUAGCUACUAUUAUUGACUUUGUUAACUCUCAAGUGAAGUAUUGAAUUAAGCUAAUAAAUUCUGACAUUAGGCAGUUUGUAGAACAAUAAGGAGACAUUUUGCCGCAAAUACAAAUUAAACUGAACAUAAGCUUGUGCUGGAUAGAUCAAAGUUCUCAUUAUUGGCUAAAUGGGAGAAUGCAGAGUGAAAAUUGAUUUUGAGGGGUGGUAAGAGAAGUUUUAUUGUAUGAUACUGUGCACUUGCCUUUAUCUUGUUUUACUUGUGAAGCUGGUGAAGAAGCGCCAAAGUUUUUAGACAAGUUUUAAAUUUUAUGGCUGGUUCAACAAACAGGGCCCUUUUGAAGAUUUUAAAAAGCAAGCAAACAAGAAACGAUCAAAACAAAGGCGCACAGUAUUUCCCUAAAGCCCUGUCAACUGAAAGACACCACUGAUUAGCCUUAGCUGAAUUUUAACUUUUUUUUACUAAAUUUCAGAUGGCCAUAUUUAAACAUUUAAAACUACGUUGUGUUAUGUGGUGAUUUUUAGUACCUUCUUCUUGAGAUCCUUGAUCACAAACAUUUCUCUUCAGAAUAAGGUCCAUUUUACUUUACUUUUGUCAUCCUUUGCAUUUGUGUUUGCUUCUAUAAAGCUGUGCGCUGUUCCGGCAUGAAGACCUGUGCUGACUGCCACACCCUUCCUGGUUGUGGCUGGUGUGAUGACGGAUCAGGGACUGGGUUGGGGCAGUGUAUGGACGGAGGAGAUGAUGGCCCUUUUACUAAACCAACAAACUCUUCAAUGAACCAAUGCCUAGCAGACCGCUGGUACUUUAUGAAGUGUCCAGGUAGAUUUAACCUUGACACCUUAACAUUAGGAUGCAUAUUCUUUAUACUGUUCCCUAUACAUUUCCUAAGGUGCUGUUAAGGAGAAUUUGUUUAAUAAUCAAGAACCUCUUGACUGAGUUGGUGAUCAUUUCCUUUAUUCUCGUGACCAUAAUGUGUGAUUCGGGGUUUUAUUGUGAGGCGAAACUAGAUGAUCAUCACUUUAAGGGGUCAAAGGGUUAAGAAACGGUUGCCUUGUUCUGAACGUCAUUCCCCUGAGUGUGCCCUUCGCAUUUUUUCAGUAUUUAUAACACUAAGUGGUCCACGUUCUCGGCUGCUGCACGAAAUAAAACUCCACUUAUUUUUGUAUUACAGUAAGCUCCAACUUACUCACACUGGUGGACUGUGUGAAUGCGUCAUGUUGAAGAGCACGAGUUAUGUUUGAAUCCAAAAUGCUCUUCUCCUCUCCAAGUUAUAAGUUUGUUGAUUGAUUCCUUACUAAACAAGAGCCCUUUGUAUUCUUGUAUAGAUUGCCAGUGUAAUGGACACAGCGAAUGCAUCAAUAAGAACAUCUGUAAAAAGUGCGAGCAUCAGACGGACGGUGAGUUAAAACUGCCUCUUGAAGCCACGGAAAAACGUUUUCCUUUUUUUAAACUCAAGUUGUCAGUUACGCCAGAUUGUUAAUCUUAUUAAUUUUGUUCUAUUAACUGGAUUGAUAAUGUGAAAUGGCCGCUGAAAAGAAUUCCUAAAGCUUUAGAAACUCUUUACGGUGGCCAAAUUACAUCAUCCCAGUUUAUUAAACCAAAUUAUCCUAUGAUACUUCAUCGAAGCAGCAACACAGUUUCUUUAAUUAGAUACUUACGGAUUGGGUGUCGCGAAAAACUGAGCCCAAAUUUUUUUAGUUCGAUCUUGGCAAUUCCCUUUUUGGCUUGUCCUGCUCUCUUUUUUUUUUUUUUUUUUUUUUUUUUUGUAUUAUCAACCUUAUAUAUAUUGUUUUCUUUUAAUUUUACGUCACUAGAUUUAGUAUUUUUUUUAUAUUUUGUAUAACUUAAAUUGUUGCCGUUUUACUGUUUUGCAGGGCCUCAUUGUGAGGUGUGUGCGGCUGGUUAUUUCGGUGAUGCAAAGAAUGGUGGAAAGUGUGAAGGUACUGUAAAUCGUUUCUAGUUCAUUGUAGUUAUUAAUAGUUGAAGAACUGCAACCUUCUUCCUCAAAGAUGAUUGAGAGAAAAGCAGAUGAAUCGUGAUCUCACAAUACAACAACGUGUAGAUUUAAGAUCUAUUCUUCCGACAUUCUCGAGGAGGAACAGCGAAAAUGGGACGCAGUGAGGUCUAGGAUAUCUGGGUGAGAUUAAAAUGUGACCCUGACACAACUAUUCGUUCAGGGUCGCGCCUCAAGUUCGAGAAACUAACAGGGGUGGGGGCAGAUAUUGGGGAGACUCAUCGGUGAAAUGACACACUUAUCCAAAAACACGCUAAGGAGCGUGCCACAAAUGUUCGAGACACUGGGGUUUGAGAUCUCAGGGAAAAUUUAUAGUGACUCGGAGACGCGCGUUAACCUCAACACUUGGUUCGCAUGCGGAGUUUUUCAGGUUACUGAAGAUGUCAAAAUUUAGACGGAAUUUUUGCUUUUGCUAUAGUUAAUUUUUACGGAUCGAGAACAAUUUAUGAAAUCGGAAAAUAUUGGUACCUGCAAAAGUUCCAUGUAACACAAUAGUGAAAAAAGCGUGAUUGUCUUGUUCAUCUUGUCUCUAGCUUGCCAAUGUAACGGUCACGCGGACACAUGUGAUGAUAAGACUGGAGUCUGUGAUUGUUUUGACCGUUAUGUGACUGGGGAUAACUGCGAAAGGUAAGUUCAGUCGUUGCUUACAAAAUGUCUCCUUGCGCUUGAAAUUCUUCGUACCAAAGCAAUUUUACCAAGCAUUUCUCGCUGUGGAAUUGAAAGAUUGUAACCUGAUUUACUCUUUCACAGAUGUGACGACGGAGUUCGUUCCACGGUGAUCGUUGGUAACGCAACAAAUGGCGGUCACUGUUACAGUAAGUUAUUUAAUUUUAUUAAAGAAAGAUUUCCUUCUAAUUCCUAACUUACUUAGCGGUCAUGCUAGACCAAUCUAUUCGUGUUUGUAACGCUCUUCUCAGUUCAAAGGCAGAGGCAACGACUGCUUGACGAGCCAAAAACAAAAGCAAGCAAAAACACUUUUUUCCUUCAUAACAGUAACGAGUCUGUGAGAGAAAUAUAGUUUUUAUCCUUAUUUCACUGGGAGUAUUUAAAUCAGAUUGCAGUCCAUCUUGUGUGCAUCUUGCAUGCUGAGUAAGCCUGCCUGGCUGGAUUGUAAAAGCAGAGGAAGACUUUGGAAAGGAAGAAAUUCACUCGGAAAAAAAGUGAUGUUAAAAAGUAUUUUAUUCAACACCUCUCCCCUUAAAUUCAAACGAAGUUCCCUCCAAGCCAUCUGCACUGGAGACUAAAGCUGAACAAGAGAAUGUAAACUGAGGUUAUAAUCUCUUGAGCUGAGGUAUUACUCUCAUAAAAUUGUAAACUCACUGGUAAGUUAAUGCGCUUAAUAGAAACACCACUGCAUAUUUGUUUGGUAGAUAAACUCAACAGUAAUUAUGAAUACACGUACAAUGUGUCCAACAAGACAAGAAUAAGCUUCCUCAACAUUCCUGAAAAGGUGAGCUGAUCUCUGCAGUUGCUUCUAACAUUUCGGUUCCACAAAAAAACCUUUUGAUCUGUUAAUUUUAGAGGGAUGACAUUAAAAAUCUAUAGGUAAUCUGUGGCGUUGCUGCUCUCGAACCAUUCUCCUUUCAACUAGGAGACUGUUAAACCCUUUUGAAACUCCUUUAAAGUGGUAAAAAUGGAUUUUCUUGCAAAAAUUUAGCAGUUUUUAUAUGAUGAGAAUUGCCAACCUAUACAAGCCAGAUGGUGUAAUAGAUUAAAAAAACUUUUUGUGAAGGUAUCUACAAAGGAGUGAACAAUAGCUUAAAGGAGAAUUUUGAAUGAGGUAUUGGGAGUUUAAGUUAUCAUUGUAAAUGGACUUUGCAGAAAAAUGCGAAAAUAUUUCCUCACUUUUCAUAAUGAGAAUAUAGAGAUUAAUAUUUUUCCGAAGAAAAAUGAGAGUUAAACCUUGUAUUACGUUGAGGGACGUUGUCUAAGCAAAAUAAAUUUCCAAUUGGCGGUUUCUUGAACUUCUCAACCGGUAAAAGAUUAGAUUAGUUUUCACGGUUAUCAGUUUAAUUUGUUAAAAAUUCUUUAAAACAGCAAGUUAACUUCCUUACAGGACGACAUCGAUGUGGAAAUUACUGUGAGAGUCAAAGAGGGCAAGUCUGCACUAAUGAAUUUGUCGUACAGCUCAGGUUAGCUGAUAGAGAAUCGCCCAAUACUAUCACAAGUAUUAUAGUUAAACAUACGACGGCGUUCUUUAGUGCUUAGCUAGCAAGGGAGGGUAUCAGUGUCAAUAUAUGCUUCUACAAUGGCUGAGUUACUCGACGGCAGCGAGAAUAAAAGUAAGUUUCAGUUUCAGUCGAAAGUUUCGACCCUGAGAAAAGAAGACGAACUAGCUCCAAUGCUGCUCUCGCCAUGUCGGCCCAAGUCACGUCGCCUUCAAGCUGCUUGAUUUCGCCCCCAAGUGCAAUCACGUCGCUCUAAGUUGAAUUGACUGAAGCUGUUCAAUAUCAUCUUGAUGCUACCGACAUUUUUAUUAAAAAGACAUACCUUUUUGCAAUCUUUGCAGUAAGAUUGAUCUUAUAUUUGUUUAUGAUUGUUUGUGUUUUUGUCUGCAUUUGAAAGCAAAAAGCUUAGCUACAUGUAUGUCAGCAUUGGAGCUCUCUUGUUAUUUUGAUCAACGUUCAAUGAGUUUGACUUAUAGAAUGCUCUCUUUCUCUCACAGAUGCUUUGGAGGAAGAAACGCUCGUGCAAUCUCGGGAAAUAGGGUCCUACCAGCAAACCUUCUCAUAUGGCGUCUUUCCGUUUGGCCGCCGGGACAAAUUCACCUUUAAGGUUCACAUUUUUGACAUCAAAGGAUUCAUUACCCUUGAGGUAUGUCCUGAUAAACUCACUUGGAUUAACUUCUCAAAGAGAUCUGCUUUUUAGGUUCCGUGUGUCAAAGUUACUUUGUCAUGUAGUUUUAUUUCUUCUUAUCCUUUACUGUCACACCCUCAUCCUUCAUCUUUUCUUUUAUAUGCCACUGGGUAUGCUAACUAAUUUUAUGCGUUUGGAAAAUGUUUUUUAGAUUGCGUUCCUCCAGAGUCGUAAGUUCCUGAUUCUCAACUUCUUUAUUACGUUUUUCGCGUAAGUAGAACUCUUUCUAGCGCUUGUUUUUUUAGGAUACUGUACAAUUCUUGUUGUUUUAUCAUCCCUUCUAGCUGCUACUCAUUUCCUUGUAAAAUAGUUACGGGAAUUUGGUCUUAGAUCAAGAUAACUACUUAAAUGUGAAUGUGAAUAUUCAUAUUACCUGUUUGCUGGACAGUGUAUUGAUAACAAAUUAUAGGGAGAAGUUAGGACAUCGUUUCGAAGUUAGCUCCUUAUUAGUUUGUCGACUAUUGCUUCAAAUUUCCUGCGUUGUUAAAGAAGAGAGAAUUUCUGAAGGGGAUGUGAGGGGUGGGAAUUCUUCCUUUAUCCUAUAAACAAGUUUGGGGUGUUUUUUUUUCGAGAUGGUCAUUUUUCCUUUUUUAUUGCAGCUGUUUCUUUUCCCUUCUGUUCGUGGUGGCCCUUGCGUGGAAGAUUAAAGUCAGAUAUUCAAACUAUGUCAUGGCUCGGGUAAGAAACCUUCCGGCGCGCGUACUCUUGAAAGUUUACGGUUUCUUGAAAAAUAAUGCUACCAAUUAUUGUAUCGAGCCGAACUGUUAGAACCGUUUUUUUUUUUGCUCUUACCAUCCAGUUCUUUCGAUUUAAUUUAACUUCAGUUCCAAACCUAUCGGGAUCUCCUUAAACACGAAGGUUAUGAAGCGAGAGAAAACAAUUUAAAACCAAUGUUUCUGCCUUUCGUGCUAAAUAAAGACCCAACCCUGACCAGUUGUACCGAGGUUUGUCGUUGCACUUACGAAAUUGUGCGAGAUAAACCUACUUUUUUAAUGUUUUCUCUGACCACACUAAGUUUAAUUCCAAUCAGUUGACUGAUGAACGCAUUUUUUACUCGCAGCAUCGUCAUGAAGAGAUGAAACUAAUGGCCAGCCGACCAUUUGCCAAAGUGGGCUUGGCUCUCACAGAGCCAGUUCAACUAGAAACAAAGAAGGUAGGUUUCAUUAGCACGUUCUAUGUUUGUUGUUUGUGAAGUUUUGCUGAAGAUUAUCACCCCAAUUACCUAGCAAUUUAUCGGUAAUUUCUCCUGUGGUCUUGAGAUUAAUGAUGGUAAUAGGACCGAGUGGAGUCCAAUUCUGUCUGUAAUCAUACAAGUGAUAAACAAAAUCGGACGAGCGCGAAGCGGGAGUCAGAUUUGUUCAUCACGAGUAUGAUUACAGACAAUUGGACAACACAAAUUCCUGUUACCAAUUAAUCAAAACUAUGACAAAAUUUGAGAAAGGAACUUGUCAUCGGUUAUACGUUUUCAUAAAAAUACAACAGUUAACUCGGCGAAAUGCGAGACAACAGCGCGCACACAUGACGCGUUUUGUCCACUUACACAGGCUUGACGUAUUAACUGUCCCCACAAUUGUCCUAUUGCAGUGUCCAAUUACAAGCAUGACGCGUACACUGUCCUAUUAGUGCUCAAAUAGGGCUGGUGAUAACCAAGCACGUUCGAGAAUUUUGUUAUAGUUUUGAUUAAAAGCGUUUGUCAUGGAGACAGAUGUUCCUUUGGCUAUGGUUGACUUGUCGCUAAAGUAAUUCAGGACUGUUUUGGUUUACUUCACGUCACCCUUUGAUUUACGGUUACCAUUUACUCCACCAAUUAUAUGCGAGCUCAAAUACACAAUCCUAAUUUGGUUCUUCUCUCUUUUGGUGUUGAUCAUGGCUAUUACCUUCGAAUUCUCAUUGUUUUGUUUUCCUCUUUUCGUCAACUGGUCACGGCGCAUAACGGAAGCUGCGCUUUAUAUCGACAUCUCAUUGUUUCCAAGUGUUGUUCCGUCGUUCCUGUAACUGGCACAGGCACUCCCAAAGGCAUCAACCGACUAUUUCUUGUGCGCGAUACAUACUAAUACUUGCUUGGUCACCUUUUGAAGAGUGCCGCCUCUUUUCGCCAUGUUCUCAAAUUAAUAUGUCUUUAUUUUUGGUACAGAAACCACUAUCGGCUAUUGCUAUCCAACCAACGGAAAAUCACGAAGCUGACGUGGGAGUGUUCGUGAUGAGAUUACCGGGAUCAGAAAAUGGCUUCACUCCUGUUGGUCAGAUGGGUGUGUGCUGCGCAACCGCGCUGAUUUCACGCGGGCAAGUGACUACCCAGAGUCUUCACAUGCCUGUGAUGAAAGAGACAGUUGUCAAGAGAUCUAGUAUGGUCAGGAGCUGUUGUAUGUGAAGAUCUUGGCGGACGUAGGCUGAAUGAAUCUGCUUUAUUUUAAAUCCCCUAUUGAAACUGACGGGUGCCCGAGAAUUACCGAAGAUUGCUACAUUCGAAAAAAAAAAUUCCUUAGUAUGAUGAGCACGUCGACGUCUGCGGAAAACAGUUCCCGGAAUUGAGAGGUUUUAAACGAACCACUCUUGUUAUCGUGUUCCUAUUUGAAACGAAUCAUAAACGUCUCAAAAGACAGCUGGGUUUGAUUAGGGGCGUAUCGUAUGUCAUUAAAUUUUUGAAGUGAGCAUUGUUCCGAGGGUCAUUAGGAAUAGCUACAUUAUUUUUUAUUGAAUCUCAAAGUGAAGUUGCUCGCAAAAUUGUGUAAAUACAAGCCAAUAUCGAUCACCUGCUAUAAUUAUAUGUAAGCUCCUUAAAAUGGACCUGGUCGUCAGGAAAUUCCUGAUUGCUCCAUACGACAUUAGCUGAUAGGCCCCUAGAGAUCACAUGAUAGAUUGUCUGCCGUGGCAGUGCCAGUAACGUACAGAAAAGUCGAACCUUUUUUUGCUUUUUGCAGUGCGUUAUUUGCUAUCUAGCGUAGCAGAAGUUACUUCUUAGUGCUUAUUGGUCAAACAACAGAUCAUAGAACCAUUCCAAAACAAUCGUGAAGGACAUGCAACAUAAAUAAAUGAUUGUACGUUUUUAUGUCUCUCGUUUGUGAGACCUUUGAGAACGCAAUAACUGCCUAAACCAAGCCUGACGUACGUCUAAUGAUUCAAAAUAUAGCCUGUAAUGACGUACUCUAUCAAAUGAGUUAAACUAAGAAUUCGGAAAUUUAUGAGAGGAUCAUUCUCUCGCUGUACAGGUGCCAUUUCUUUACGCACGUAACUUAUCUAUAGCAUUAUUAUUAUGGAAACGUUGAGAUUGUUAUCUUCUAUCAUCACCA